CAGACUCCGCAACAGCAGGGAGAGGGGAGCCUCACUGGGAGUAGCCUGCCAGGCUGACAGUACCCCCGAGAAACCCAGCCUAGAACCAGGCCCCAGGGCCUCUGGGACCCAGAGACAAUGGAGCCCCCCCAACCCGAGCCUGCUGAGGGGGAAACACAGGCACCAGCUGCAGGGGAUGAGCUGGCGGAUGCCAUCAUGCGGCGCCGUUUCUGCCCCUCGCUGAUCACCACGGAGACAUGGGAGGGGUUCAACUUCGCCAGUUGCGAGAUCCGCAUCAAGGAGUCCACUGACUGCUACGGAGCCAUGCUGUGGCCCUCGGCCCUGGUACUCUGUCACUUCUUGGACACGAACCAAGACCAGUACAACCUGACCGACAAGAACAUUAUAGAACUGGGUGCUGGCACUGGGCUUGUGACUAUUGUUUCCAGCCUGUUGGGGGCGAAGGUGACGUCCACUGACCUCCCUGAUGUACUGGGGAACCUGCAGUACAAUGUUACCCGCAACACUAGGGGGCGCUGCAGACACAGACCAUGUGUGACGGAGCUAAUCUGGGGGCAGGACCUGGAAAAGCGCUUUCCCCGUGCCUCCUGUCACUUUGACUACAUCAUGGCAGCAGAUGUGGUGUACGCCCAUCCCUACCUCAACGAGCUAAUGGACACCUUUGAGCACCUGUGCCAGGAGCAGACGGUGAUUCUGUGGGCCAUGCGGUUCCGUCUGGACCCUGAGAACAGCUUCGUGGAGCGUUUCCAGCAGCAUUUCGACACAGAACUCAUCUAUGACCUGCCCAGCCUCAGCAUAAAGCUGUACCAGGCCACCAGGAAGGGAAGGACCUCCCAGUCCUUCUCUGGCGCUGCUGCCUGAUCUGUGCCC